CUAGCUUCCCUCCUUCGUUUCCUUCCGCCCGGCUCGCCGCUUGUGGGAGGAGGGCAGAGAAACGGGCUGACCGCAGCUCGGCUAUUCGCCUGUCGCUCGGACACCGCCGACGUACGCCGCGUAAAUGCCGGAUUGACGCGGGGGCAGCUUCCAGUGGAUGCCGUUCGGCGACACCCUCCGCAACCCGCGAAAUGGACACGGAACAGCGUUGAAAAGUGUGCGUUAGUCAAGCUAGCGGCUAAGCCCCGAGCUCCCCGCCUCGCUGAACCCUCCCCAACCCUCUGCUAGCCAGUUGACGGCAGCUCAGCUCGGCUCGCCUCUCUCGGUGCGGCGCGCUUGCCCGUCACCUCAUCCCCCACCACCAUCACCACCACCAAAGAAAAUGAAGAAGUUCAACAUUCGUAAGGUGCUGGACGGGUUGACGUCGUCUUCGUCCUCGGCUGCGCACACUGGGGCCGCCAAGGAGAAUGACGCCGUCCCGGAGAGCCUGCAGUCGGAGCAUUUCCAGCUUUGCAAGACUGUGCGUCAUGGCUUCCCGCAUCAGCCGUCCUCCAUGGCCUUCGACCCUGUACAGAAAAUCUUGGCUGUCGGGACACUUAACGGAGCUUUGAGGCUCUUCGGCCGCGCAGGUGUGGAGUGUUACUGCCAACAUGAAAGUGGCGCCGCCGUCAUCCAGCUCCAAUUUCUCAUCAACGAGGGGGCGCUAGUGAGCGCCUUAGCUGAUGACAGCCUCCACCUGUGGAACCUGAGGCAAAAGAUUCCCGCCAUCCUGCAUUCGCUCAAAUUCAACAGGGAGAGAAUCACGUACUGCCACCUGCCCUUCCAGAGCAAGUGGCUUUACAUCGGCACGGAACGAGGCAACAUCCACAUCGUCAACGUGGAAUCCUUCACCCUCUCAGGCUACGUCAUCAUGUGGAACAAAGCCAUCGAACUAUCCACCAAGACACACCCAGGGCCUGUAGUGCACAUCAGUGAUAACCCCAUGGAUGAAGGAAAGCUCCUCAUUGGAUUUGAGUGCGGCGUGGUGGUGUUGUGGGACCUCAAGUCCAAAAAAGCUGACUACCGCUACAACUAUGAUGAGGCCAUCCACUCGGUCGAUUGGCACCACGAGGGCAAGCAGUUCGUCUGCAGCCACUCCGAUGGCACUCUGACCACUUGGAACAUUCGAACCCCUGCCAAGCCGACGCAGAUCAUCACGCCGCAUGGAAAGCAGCCCAAGGAUGGCAAAAAGCCAGAGCCGUGCAAGCCCAUCCUGAAGGUGGAGUACAAAACCACACGGGCUGGAGACCCGUUUAUGGUUCUGUCCGGCGGUCUGUCCUACGACACAGUGGGCCGGAGAGCCUGUCUGACGGUGAUGCACGGCAAGAGCACCGCCGUCCUGGAGAUGGACUUCCCCAUCGUGGAUUUCCUCACACUGUGCGAGACGCCGUAUCCCAACGAUUUUCAGGAGCCGUACGCUGUGGUGGUCCUCCUGGAGCGGGAUUUAGUCGUCAUCGACCUCGGACAGAUCGGCUACCCGAUAUUCGAGAAUCCUUACCCCCUAAGCAUCCACGAGUCCCCGGUGACCUGCUGCGAGUACUUUGCCGACUGCCCCGCCGAACUCAUUCCCGCACUUUACUCAGUGGGCAGCCGACAGAAGAGGCAAGGCUACAGCAAGAAGGAUUGGCCCAUCAACGGGGGAAACUGGGGACAAGGCACGCAAAGUUACCCUGAGAUCGUCAUCACCGGGCACGCUGACGGCACUAUCAAAUUUUGGGAUGCUUCUGCGUUGAUGCUCCAAGUGCUGUACAAGCUGAAGACGGCCAAGGUGUUCGAGAGAGCCCGCGGCAAGGAAGAGAAGGCCAACACGGACAUCGUGGACGAGGAUCCCUUCGCCAUCCAGACGCUGAGCUGGUGCCCCGAGAGCAGGAUGCUGUGCGUGGCCGGCGUGUCGGCGCACGUCAUCGUCUACCGCUUCAGCAAGCAGGAAGCCGCCGCCGCCAACGUGCAGCUCUUAGAGGUACGCAUGCAAUGCGAGUUGAGUGACACCGACUCGCCCGACCCCGGCGGCGAGCAGACCCCCACGCAGGCUUCCUCGGUGCCCCCCAGCCCCCAGGAGGGCGACGCCCCCGCCACAGCCUCCAGUCAACCCUCCGCCGGCGGAAACGGCAGCAAUCCUUCGUCAGAUGGGCAGCGAGACAACAUGCCCUGCCUUCAGGUGCGCAGCUCCCCUCUGAAGCAGUCUCCGGGCUACCAGGUGGAGCUGGUGGUGCAGCUGGUGUGGGUGGGCGGGGAGCCUCCUCAGCCGAUCACCAGCUUGGCCAUCAACUCCUCGUACGGACUGGUGGUGUUUGGUAACAGCAACGGCAUGGCAGUGGUGGACUACCUCCAGAAAACGCUGCUGCUCAACCUCGGCACGUCGGAGCUGCACGGCGCGUCGGAGCCCUACCAGAGGCAGCCUUGCUCCCCGCGCAAAGCCCGCCAGCCCUCCGGAGCGCUGUGCGAUUCCAGCGACGGGCCCAACGCCGCCGAGGAACGCUGCAAGUCUCCCAACUCAGGAUCCACCUCGCCCUGCAAUUCUGAUGAUGAGCGCAAGGCCAAGUUUAUAAAAAAGGUGAAGUACAAAAGCAGGCGCUUUUCCAAGACGGUUGCCAAUGACUUUGCUAGGAUGUCGCGGAAAAUUAGCUCGUCUAAUGAGCAUAAAUUGCCACUCAACAUGGCAGCAAAGGACGCAUUCAAGUUGCUUUACCAGUGGUGUCGGUGCUUGGUAUCGGUGACUCCUCAAAAAUGGAGCAAUGACAACCUACCUAACUCUUCUCAUUUCUCACUUCUUCUCUCCCAAGUGACCGUCCAUCCUAAAAUAACAGAUUGCUCUCUAAAAGGCGCUUUGUGUUUUCCCAAUCCAGAUUCCAAGGACAACUCAGUCAGCCGGUCGCGUAGCUCCAGCGUGACCAGCAUCGACAGGGAGUCCCGCGAGGCCGUCUGCGCCUUCUGCUUCUGCGAGACCUCCCCCAGGAAGUCGUCUGACGGCGUGCCAGGCCCCUGUGUGCUGGUGGGCACCAGCCAGGGCUCCGUCAUGCUGCUGGCCAUCAGCCUGCCACCCGGCGACGACCAGAGGCUCAUUCAGCCGGUCGGGAUCUCCUCCUGCGGAACGGUGGCCAGACUCAAAGGAGGCAUCUUAACAAUGGCCCUGCUGGACGCCGCCGGAGCGGCGCUGCCCGCCUCCUACGAGCCAUGGUACGAUCCCAACGCCUCGGAUGAGGAGAAGGAGAAGGAGAGGAGCCGGUGGCGCCGGCCAGCGUCGCCGCCUUCAUCGCAGGAGGGUCACGACUCGCAGUUCGCCGUCCUGUGCUCGGAGAAGCAGGCCAAGGUGGUGGCCAUGCCGUCCCAGACCCGAGUCCACAAACACAACAUCACCGAGUCGUCCUUCGUGCUGAGGGCCGACGUUGUGCAGAUGGCCGCAGCCAACUGCAUCGCCUGUUUCUGCGCCAACGGACACAUCAUGACACUUAGCUUGCCGAGUCUGCGGCCCCUCCUGGACGUCAACUACCUGCCGCUGACGGACAUGCGGAUAGCGCGGACCUUUUGCUUCUCCAAUCUGGGGCAGGCUCUGUACCUCACCUCGCCCACGGAGGUGCAGAGGAUCACCUACAGUCAGGAGACCUGUGACAACUUGCAGGAGAUGCUGAGUGAGUUGUUCACACCAGUGGAGACCCCAGAAGCUCCCAACCGAGGUUUCUUCAAAGGCCUCUUUGGUGGAGGAGCUCAGUCUCUGGAUCGGGAAGAUCUCUUCGGCGAAACGGCGUCCGGGAAGGCUUCUCGCAGCCUGGCCCAACACAUCCCCGGCCCGGGCAACAUGGAAGGCAUGAAGGGCGCGGCGUCGGGCGUGGUCGGCGACCUGGCCCGCGCGCGGGUAGCGCUGGACGAGCGAGGCCAGAAACUGGGCGAGCUGGAGGAGAGGACGGCCGCCAUGAUGUCUAGCGCCGAGUCCUUCUCCAAGCACGCUCAUGACAUGAUGCAAAAGUACAAAGAUAAGAAGUGGUACCAGCUCUGAUGAUGGCGGGCAACGCCUGGAUGAGGACUGGGGACUCUGUAAUCACACACACACACCACACACACACGCGCGCUAAUAUGGCUGAGGAGCUGCAGAUCCUUUGUCAUCCUUGUCUGAUUCUCACGUGAGGGGAAGGUUCUCCUGAGCUGUUUGGAAUUGCGUUUAUUAUUAUUUGUGCAUUGCCUCGCUGGCCGAAGGACCACAGUUUUGGACCUAAAUGAGGAGGAGAAGUCUGACGAUUGCAUUCUGUGACCUCUCCCCCCAUCUUUUAAGUCCAAUCAUCAAAGUUUGUCAGCGUCUGUCUGAAGGAUUCGGUCUUUCUUUGUCUUUUGUGUGAGGAAACGGCCAUUUUGAAGCACUUAGGAAUAUGACGCAAGAGCUGAUGUACCUCCUAGCAAAUAAGGGCUGGUGGUAAUCUACUUCAUCUUUUCCCAAAAAAAAAGGUUGUCACCUUUCUUUGAUUUUAAUUUUGGUUAUUUAUCGAGACACGCAAGAAGUUUAUUUGGGUAUGGUGGGAGUUUAUUUGAUGGUUCAUCUGGACACACAUCGAUUUGAAGGACACAGAAGUUGAUUAUUUUUGCUGGACACACAACACAUUUGAUAAAUUAUUUAUCAGCGCACUCAAAAAGCUACUUCAUCAUUUAUCAUGAUGCAAAAAUGUUGUUCAAAGUUUGAUUAUUUAUCGUGAUAUAUGGAAAUUGUUAUUUAUCAGGACACACAAGAAGCUUAUGAGGUAAUUUAACAAGAUGUUGGUUAGCCGGGCAUUACUUUGUAUUAAUUAUGAAAUAAUUGCACACAAUUUCCGGAGAUGUUGAGUUCACACUGAAGUCUCUUUCACAUCUGAGAAAUACCCUUUUUGAGUUUAAUUCAAUCCCCCCCCACUUAAUCCGUCAUGCUGAAAAAAAAUACCUCAUUUGAGUCCAUCUAUUAGGCAGAAUUCUUGGAAAUUCAGAUUAGUACACUGGAAAUAGCCUGAAGCUCUUGACUUUUAUGUGAGAGGAAUUAAAUUGCGGAACUGUAUCUUUUGAUUUCAGCAACCGUUCUCACUCUGGUGUGAUGAUGGUUGGCGAGCUUUGUUGUUUUUCUUGUCGGGUUGAUUACUACUUGUGUUAUUCACGACUGAUUGCUCCACAGGCGGUCGGUCGUUCUGAGUCAGCCUUUGUUCUCUUUUCUGCCUUUGCCGACGCGUCCAUGCUAAGCUAGCUGUUUAGCCGCGUGUUUGCGAGGAUACAUAUAUUCAGGGACGUGUGUAUGUAUGAAGCCAAUAUUUACAACUUUGCUUUUUCCUGACUCUCCUUUGAGCUGCUAUUUGCGUACAUUUUUGUUUGUUUUGUGUGCGCGCUUGUCGCUGCCAAAUAAUUGUAAAUAAGGAAACAGCUCAAAUUUGAUGAGAUAUUCUAGCCAUUUUCCUUUUCUGUGUAACACCAAAGAGAUUAAUUUCAUAAUUUUGAGUAUUAUUUAUUGCCCAUUUCGUUGGCCCGUAUAUUUGGUGCAAUAGGUUGGGGUAAAUUUGCAGAAACAUGACAAUGGUGUUUGCAUUUAUUUUUUCAUCUAUUUGCUCAAAAAAAAAACAAAAAAAUUAGUUUAGUUGUCAUAUUUCAUGAAGUAGCGCUCAACCAAUGAAUGAUGGAUUGACCGGCCAAGCUUACUGGCCGAUAUUAGCGCUUUAAAAAUCAGCAAAAAUUGGCCAAAUUUUUGUUGCAUGUAUUUUUUCCCAAAUUUUUGCUGAUUCUUUUUGUUUCCUUAAAACACAUUAAAAUAUAAAACAAAGAUAA